UGCCUCUUCCAUGGUCAAUUCGGAUGAAGAUUGCAUUAGGUGCUGCAAAGGGUCUCAGUUUCCUUCAUGAAGAAGCUCUAAAGCCGGUCAUUUAUCGAGAUUUCAAAACCUCAAAUAUUUUACUUGAUGCAGACUACAAUGCUAAAUUAUCAGAUUUUGGUCUUGCCAAAGAUGCUCCUGAUGAAGGCAAAACCCAUGUGUCUACUCGAGUCAUGGGCACUUAUGGUUAUGCUGCUCCUGAGUAUGUAAUGACCGGUAAGUCUUGUUUUGCUUUCAGGAUUUCAUUCACUCAUCUGCUUAUUUCUUCUCUAUAUGAUUGAAUAUAGAAAGUUAGA